AUGCGCGGGAGAGCGCGGCUGGGGCCGCCGGGCCGGGGCCGCCUCCCGGGGACCCGCGGCCUGAGGGCCCCGCCGCCGCCGCUGCUGCUCCUGCUUGCGCUGCUGCCGCUGCUGCCCGCGCCCGCCGCCGCCCCGGCCCCGCGGCCGCCUGCGCUCACGCCCUCGGCCGCGGGGCCCAGCGUGAGCCUCUACCUGAGCGAGGACGAGGUGCGCCGGCUGAUCGGUCUUGAUGCCGAACUUUAUUAUGUGAGAAACGACCUCAUUAGUCAUUAUGCUCUCUCCUUUAACCUGUUAGUACCCAGUGAGACAAAUUUUCUGCACUUCACUUGGCAUGCAAAGUCCAAGGUUGAGUAUAAGCUGGGGUUUCAAGUAGACAAUUUUGUGGCUAUGGACAUGCCCCAGGUCAACAUUUCUGUUCAGGGGGAAGUUCCGCGAACUUUAUCAGUGUUUCGGGUCGAGCUGUCCUGCACUGGCAAAGUAGAUUCUGAGGUUAUGAUACUAAUGCAGCUCAACUUGACAGUAAAUUCUUCGAAAAAUUUUACAGUCUUAAAUUUUAAACGAAGGAAAAUGUGCUACAAAAAAUUUGAAGAAGUGAAAACUUCAGCCUUGGAUAAAAACACUAGCAGAACUAUUUAUGAUCCUGUACAUGCCACUCCAACCACUUCUACACGUGUGUUUUAUAUCAGUGUAGGGGUUUGCUGUGCAGUAAUAUUUCUUGUAGCAAUAAUAUUAGCUGUUUUGCACCUUCAUAGUAUGAAAAGGAUUGAACUGGAUGACAGCAUCAGUGCCAGCAGUAGUUCCCAAGGGCUGUCUCAGCCAUCCACCCAGACGACUCAGUAUCUGAGAGCCGACACGCCCAACAAUGCAACUCCCAUCACCAGCUCCUCAGGUUAUCCUACCUUGCGGAUAGAGAAGAACGACCUGAGAAGUGUCACUCUUUUGGAGGCCAAAGCCAAGGUGAAGGAUAUAGCAAUAUCCAGGGAGAGGAUAACCCUAAAAGAUGUACUCCAAGAAGGUACUUUUGGACGUAUUUUCCAUGGGAUUUUACUAGAUGAAAAAGAUCCAAAUAAAGAAAAACAAACAUUUGUGAAAACAGUUAAAGAUCAAGCUUCUGAAAUUCAGGUGACAAUGAUGCUCACUGAAAGUUGUAAGCUACGAGGUCUUCAUCACAGAAAUCUUCUUCCUAUUACGCAUGUGUGUAUAGAAGAAGGAGAAAAGCCCAUGGUGAUAUUGCCUUACAUGAAUUGGGGGAAUCUUAAAUUGUUCUUACGGCAGUGCAAAUUAGUAGAGGCCAAUAAUCCUCAGGCAAUUUCUCAACAAGACCUGGUACACAUGGCCAUUCAGAUUGCCUGCGGAAUGAGCUAUCUGGCCAGAAGGGAAGUCAUCCACAAAGACCUGGCUGCUAGGAACUGUGUCAUUGAUGAUACACUUCAAGUUAAGAUUACAGACAAUGCCCUCUCCAGAGACUUGUUCCCCAUGGACUAUCAUUGUCUGGGGGACAAUGAAAACAGACCAGUUCGGUGGAUGGCUCUUGAAAGUCUUGUUAAUAAUGAGUUCUCCAGUGCCAGCGAUGUGGAAAAACAAAUGAAGGAAAUGACUUUCAUGCUAAUCUCAUUCGUGUGGUUUAUGGCAAUGAAGAGAUCCUUUUUAAGAAUGAAUAUCUUCCUCAAGACAGCCUGUGGACAUCUCCUUUCUUCCCAUUCCUUUAGGCCUUUGUUCUUAUCAUUCUGUUUACUAUCCCCUUCAGAUAGCCCCAUGUUCUAAUGGAGCAAUACCUAACAUUGCUUCUGUUACAGUGGAUGGAUGGCCUGAGAGCCAUCCAGUAUUGACCCCCCUCCCUUUCCUAAUCACAGAUUCUUGGUUAAAUUCAUAGCAGAAGUGUAUGACGCUCUGUCUAAAGAUGGCAGCUUUUCUGAAGUUGAGUUUGCAGCACAAGCUAAAUUUGAUGCCUGAUGCAGUCAAUACAUGCUAUGUACAGUCAUUGCACAGGGGUAUAUUUGUUUAGUUGGAAUAAAAAUAUGUUGCUGCAGUUAUAAAUCUGGAGGAAUAUUAAGAGUUUUUUUUGAGUCAAACUGUUAAGUGCUCUACUACUGGUCCAAAGGUUUAUGUUCAGGCCCACCUAGUGAUGCCUCAGAAGACAGUCCUGGCUGUCUGCCUCUGAGAGGUCACAGCCUUGAAAACUGUAUGGAGCAGUUGUGGUCUGCACACAUGGGUUGCUGUGAGUCAGAAUCGACUCAGUGGCAACCAAUAACAAUAUAAUUAUGUUGGAUCUUAAAAUUUAAACAAUAUUGCUUUUUUAGGGUAACAUAAUCUUGUAGAUGUAUGUUUCAGUUAUGGUUAUUAUUCCAUGAUAUUUUGAUCUUCAAAGUAGUUUAUCAGAGAAAGUUGAUAAAGAUCCAGACUCCCUCCCCUGAUUUUCAGAGCCUCUGUUCUUUACUCUAUGCUUUAGAGCUUCAUAUUUUCCACUGUACACUUGCAUAUAUUCUACAUUUCAGCCAAACUGGGUCCAAACAUACUAGGUACUUUCACACACCUUUAAUUUGGUCUUCUUUGUAUCCCAGAGAAUCUUGUACCUACCUAAUGGCAACUGUCACACUCUGCCUUAUAUUUUUAUGCACACGUCUUUUUGUUCCCCAAAUGGGAAAUGGUGUCUCUGCCUGACUUAUUUUCCUUUAGUAGAUGCUCCAUAGGUACUGAUUUGAAGUUGAUGUACAUAAAUAUGCCUUUUGGAUCAUUUAAGAACGUUACUGUCAGCAGUGUUAAUCUUGUCCCUGGAGAACUAUGUAGUUGACUGUGUAAAAGAAUCCUGAACAGCCCCAUAGCCUCUUCUGUUUCUGUGCUGAAUCCUCAGUUCUCCUUGUCUCACCCCACAGACUCCACUUCAGAGAUCCUAUCUGUCCUAUUGGCAGCAGCUUUUACUUACGGGUAAAUGGUUUAUUAAUUUACCUGUAUAGCAUGAGGCAGCUUUCCCACCAUUAACUAUCUACUGGAGAUAUCGCAUAGAUGUCUGCUCUGCUUUCUACCCAGCACCCACGUUUCUAACAGCUCCAGUGCUUUCUCUGAUCUUCAAUUUUUUCUCGUACUAUUUUUUUUUUUUUUUUUUUGGUACUGUUGGAGUAAAGUACUGUGGGGAUGCAACCAUUGAUACAAUUUAGGUCAAUAGGUGGAAUAUCUGGUUUUGAGAAAAUAUGGUUGAUUUGAUUUGGGACAUAUUGAAUUCAGGAUGCUGGUGUGAUAUUAAGGUGGAGAUGGGAAGCGGGUGGGUGGAAUGGGAUUCUGGAAAGAGAUAGGAGCAGGAUAUUAGAAGUUGAACAUCAAUUUCAUAAAAGUGGUUGUUGAAUCAAUAAAUGUUUGAUCCCAGAGAUGGGGACUAUUCAAGAGAAAGACAACGGGAAAGGAGCCCACAGCCACCAGAAGAAAAAGUAAAGAUCAGAGCAAAAAUAAAUGAAAUAGAUAAUAGAAAAACAAUAGAGAGGUGGGGCAAAGAUGGUGGAGUAGUCAGACAUUUCUGGUGAUCCCUCUUACAAUAAAGACCCCUAAAACAAGCAAAACAAUUAUAUAUGUGACAAGCUAGAAGCCCUGAACAUCAAAGGCAAAGUUAGGAAAUUGGACUGCGUGGCAGGGAGAUGGAGAGACGGUUCAGAACCAGCAAGGAGUUGCCAGACCUGACUUGGCAGGGACCGGCGCCCCUCAGGCACAAUACCCUGGCAUGACCACGGUGGGCUGGCAGCCUUUGGGACGCAAAUUCUCCUCAGGGAGAGACAGCAAGCUGCACAGUCUACUCACACCUCUGAAAUCAGAGAAGAAUAGUGCUCUCAGCAAAAGCUAAGUACUUGCAUCUAUUUUUACCAUGCCCGCAGCCCCUAAGCCAGCUUCAGUGACUGUCGGUUUCCCUGGACCUGAGAUAGGUCCUGCUAUGCACCCUGAGCCAUUUUCCUGGCCUUGGAUAAGGAAUAAAUAAUUGGGGGAAAUGGUAAUCUGCCAGCUCCCCUAAGCUGGGGAGCUCAGGAGAGAACAGUCACAAAUGCUCCACCGAUUUUGAAAACCUUUCACCCCUGCAUUGACCUGUGUGAGCGCAUUUCAGGAGCUUAGGUCCUUGUUGGCAGACUGUAACCAGUGUACGUACCUGAGAUCUGACUUAUGCUAGUUCAGCUGUAUGGUGGAGAGGCAGGCUUUUGGUGUUUUGCCUAUUAAACAGGAUACUCACCUACCCACAUCAGGGGCCUGAGGACUGGUGGCUGCACACAUGUCACCUAGCCACCCACGACGGGGGGCCAAGGCUGAGUGGUGCCUCCAGGUCCUUACAGCCAAAAGCAUUGGGUGCCCAUGGUCUGGCUGCAGAACCUGCCAACCUGUGCACUGUAGGGAACACGGACACGUUUUCCUCACAGACACUUGGGAUGGUUGUCAGCCCCCUGCCUUGUUCAGAGCGUGACCCCCUGCUGCAACCAGAUACCUGUGCCUACACCAAUCACCUCUGCCCCUCUAAGAGUGUAAGACAGAGCCUGCAUCACACACUUGGUGACUGACUACCUGGACACCUGACCUGAAUCCAUACAAGGAAAGUGAAUGGACUCCUAGGCUGACUUGCCUAGUAACAGCUCUAGCCAUCUGGUGACAGGACGUUAGAGCUUCAAAGGCAAAAAUAAGCUAGCUUACUCAAGGAGCCUCUUUGGGCAUAUCAAAACAAAGCAAAGCAAGAAGCUAGGAUACAGUAAGCAAAUAUGAAAUUAAUACAGUAACUUAUAGAUGCCUCUGAGACAACAGUCAGUAUCAAAUCACAUAAAGAAGCAGAUCAUGAUUGCUUCAACAAGCUCUCAAAACAAAGAAUCAAGGAAUCUUGCAGAAUUACCAGAGGUAGAAUACAAAAAAUGAAUAUACAGUACUCUUCAAGAGAUGAGGAAGGAGAUCAGGCAAAACGUGGAACAAGGCAAGGAACACACAGAUAAAGUGGUUGAGGAAAUUAGGAAGGUUAUUCAAGAACCUAAGAAUCACAUGAGACUCUAUCAAGAGAAAUAACCUACAAGUGAUUGGAGUACCAGAACAGGAAGGGAUAACAGAAAAUCCAGAGAGAAUUGUGGAAUAUUUGUUAACAGAAAACUUCCCUGAUAUCAUGAAAGAUGAGAUGAUAUCUAUCCAAGAUGCUCAUUGAACCCCAAAUAAGAUACAUCUUCAAAAGAAAGUCACCCAGACAUAAUCAAACUUGCCAAAACCAAAGAUAAAGAGAGAAUUUUAAGAGCAGCUCAGGAUAAACGAAAAGUCACCUACAAAGGAGAGUCAGUAAGAAUAAGCUUGGAUUACUCGGCAGAAACCAUGUAGGCAAGAAGGCAAUGGGAUCCCUUCUAUAAAGCACUGAAGGAAAAAAAAUGCCAGCCAAGGAUCACAUAUGCAGCAGAACUGUCUCUCAAAUAUGAAGGUGAAAUUAGGACAUUUCCAGAUAAACAGAAGUUUAGAAAAUUUGUAAAAACAAAACCAAAACUACAAGAAAUACUAAAGGGAGUUUUCUGGUUAGAAAAUCAAUAAUAUCAGAUAACAACCCAAGACUAGAACACAGGACAGAGCAACCAGAUAACAACCCAGAUAGGGAAAUCACAAAAAUAAAUCAAGAUAAGAAAUGCUCAAAACAGGAAACAGCAAUGUCAUUAUGCAAAAGAUGACAACAUUAAAUCAAUAAAGAGGGACUAAAAGAUGUAGUCAUACAUCUUUCUAUAUAAAGAAAAACUACUCAGCACAAAAAAUUAAGUGGAAAAAAGAAACUGUCAACAACACACACACACAAAAUCAAAAUGACAGCACUAAACUCAACCUAUCCGUAAUCACACUGAAUGUAAAUGGACUAAAUGCACCAGUAAAGAGACAGAGACUGGCCGAAUGGAUUAAAAAAAAAAAAAAAAGCACAAUCUGUACGUGCUGCCUACAAGAGACACACCUUAGACUUCAAGACACAAACUAAAGCUCAAAGGAUGGAAAAUAUAUCAAGCAAACAGUCAAAAAGCAGGAGUGGCAAUAUUAAUUUCUGACAACAUAGACUUUAAAGUUAAAUCCACUACAAAGGAUAAAGAAGGACACUGAAUUAUGAUUAAAGAGACAAUAUACCAGGAGGAUAUAACCAUAUUAAAUAUUUGUACACCAAACAACAGGGCUUCAAGAUACGUACACUCUAACAGCAUUGAAAAGUGAGAUAGCUCCACAAUAAUAGUAGGAAACUUCAAUACACUACUUUUGGUGAAGAACAGAACAUCCAGAGGAAGCUUAAUAAGGACAUGGAAGAUGUAAAUGCCACAGUCAACCAACUUGACCUCAUAGACAUAAACAGAACACUCCAACCAACAGCAGUGCACAUGGAACAUUCUCUAGAAUAGACCACAUAUUAGGUCAUAAAGCAAGUCUUAGCAGAAUCCAAAACACUGAAAUAUUACAAAGCAUCUUCUCUGACCAUAAGGCCAUAAAAGUAGAAAUCAAUAACAGAAAAAGCAGGGAAAAGAAAUCAAACACUUGGAAACUGAACAAUACCCUGCUCAGAAAGACUGGAUUAUAGAAGACAUUAAGGACGGAAUAAAGAAAUUCGUAGAAUCCAAUGAGAAUGAAAAACACUUCCUAUCAGAACCUUUGGGACACAGCAAAAGCAGUGCUCAGAGAUCAAUUUAUAGCAAUAAAUGCACACAUCCAAAAAGAAGGGCCAAAACCAAAGAAUUAUCCCUACAACUUGAACGAAUAGAGAGCAACAAAAGAAACCUUCAGGCACCAGAAGAAAGCAAAUAAUAAAAAUUAGAGCAGAACUAAAUGAAAUAGAAAACAGAAAAACAGUUGAGAGAAUUAACAAGACGAAAAGCUGGUUCUUUGAAAAGAUUAACAAAAUUGAGAACCAUUGGCCAACCUGACAAAAGAAAAACAGGAGAGGAAGCAAAUAAUCCGAAUAAGAAAUGAGAUGGGCAGUAUCACAACAGACCUAACUGAAAUUAAAAGACUCAUAUCAGAUUACUAUGAAAAAACUGUACUCUAACAGAUUUGAAAACCUAGAAGAAAUGGAUGAACUUCUAGAAACAAUCUACCUAGAUAAACUAACACAGAGGUAGAACAACUAAAUAAACCCAUAACAAAACAAGAAAUCGAAAAGGUAAUUUUAAAACUCCCAACAAAAAAAAAGCCCUGGCCUGGACAGCUUCAUUGCAGGGUUCAACCAAACUUUCAGAGAAGAGUUAACAUCACUACUACUAAAGGUAUUUCAGAGCAUAGAAAAGGAUGGAAUACUUCCAAACUCAUUCUAGGAAGCCAGCAUAUCCAUGAUACCAAAACCAGGUUAAAAAGAAAAAAAAAUUUUUUUUUUUUACACCACAGAAAAAGAAAAUUACAGACCUAUAUCCCUCAUGAGCUUAGUUGCAAAAAUCCUCAACAAAAUUCUACCUGAUAGAAUUGAACAACAUGUUAAAAAAAUAAUUCACCAUGACCAAGUGGGAUUCAUACUAGGUAUGCAGGGGGAUGGUUCAACGUUAGAAAAACAAUUAAUGUAGUCAUAGAAAUAAAACAAAAGACAAGAACCACAUGAUCUUAUCAAUUGAUGGAGAAAAGGCAUUUGACAGAAUUCAACACCGAUUCAUGAUAAAAACUCUCAGAAAGAUAGGAAUAGAAGGAAAAUUCUUCAACAUAAUAAAGGGCAUUUAUACAAACCCGUCAGCCAAUAUCAUCCUAAAUGGAGAGAGUCUGAAAGCAUUCCCCUUUAGAACGGGUACCAGACAAGGAUGCCCUUUAUCACCACUCUUCAACAUUGUACUGGCAGUCCUAGCCAGAGCAAUUAGGCUAAAUAAAGAUAUAAAGGGAAUUGAAAUUGAUAAGGAAAAAGUAAAAGUAUUUCUGUUUGCAGAUGACAUGACAUUUGUUGUUGUUAGGUGCCGUUGAGUCAGUUCUGACUCAUACCGACCCUAUGCACAACAGAACGAAACACUGCCCGGUCCUGUGCCAUCCUUACAAUCAUUGUCAUGCUUGCAGCCACUGUGUCAAUCCACCUCAUUGAGGGUCUUCCUCUUUUCCGCUGACCCUGUACUCUGCCAAGCAUGAUGUCCUUCUCCAGGGACUGAUCCCUCCUGACAACAUGUCCAAAGUAUGUAAGACGCAGUCUCGCCAUCCUUGCCUCUAAGGAGCAUUCGGGCUGCACUUCUUCCAAGACAGAUUUGCUUGUUCUUUUGGCAGUCCAUGGUAUAUUCAAUAUUCUUUACCAACACCACAAUUCAAAGGCGUCAGCUCUUCUUCGGUCUUCCUUAUUCAUUGUCCAGCUUUCGCAUGCGUAUGAUGCGAUUGAAAAUACCAUGGCUUGGGUCAGGCGCACCUUAGUCUUCAGGGAGACAUCUUUGCUCUUCGACACUUUGAAGAGGUCCUUUGCAGCAGAUUUGCCCAACGCAAUGCAUCUUUUGAUUUCUUGACUCCUGCUUCCAUGGCUGUUGAUUGUGGAUCUAAGUAAAAUGAAAUCCUUGACAACUUCAGUCCUUUCUCCAUUUAUCCUGAUGUUGCUCAUUGGUCCAGUCGUGAGGAUUUUUGUUUUCUUUAUGUCGAGGUGUAAUCCAUACUGAAGGCUGUGGUCUUUGAUCUUCACUCGUAAGUGCUUCAAGUCCUCUUCACUUUCAGCAAGCAAGGUUGUGCCAUCUGCAUAAUGCAGGUUGUUAAUGAGUCUUCCUCCAAUCCUGAUGCCCCGUUCUUCUUCAUAUAGUCCAGCUUCUCGUAUUAUUUGUUCACCAUACGGAUUAAACAGGUAUGGUGAAAGAAUACAACCCUGAUGCACACCUUUCCUGACUUUAAACCACUCAGUAUCCCCUUGUUCUAUCCGAACAGCUGCCUCUUGAUCUAUGUAAAGCUUCCUCAUGAGCACAAUUAAGUGUUCUGGAAUUCCCAUUCUUCGCAGUGUUAUCCAUAGUUUGUUAUGAUCCAUAGUCGAAUGCCUUUGCAUAGUCAAUAAAACACAUGACGUUAGACACAGAUAACCCUAACGAAUCCUCAAGAAAACUACUGAAACUAAUAGAAGAGUUCAGGAGAGUAUCAGGAUACAAGAUAAACAUACAAAAAUCAGUUGGAUUCUUCUACAGCAACAACGAGAACAUCUAAGAGGAAAUCACCAAAUUGAUACCAUUUACAACAGCCCCCAAGAAGAUAAAAUACUUAGGAAUAAAUCUUACCAGAGACAUAAAAGACCUAUACAAAGAAAACUACAAGACACUACUGCGAGAAACCAAAAGAGACCUACAUAAGUGGAAAACCAUACCUUGCUCGUGGAUAGGAAGACUCAACGUUGCAAAAAUGUCUGUUCUACUGAAAAUGAUCUAUAAAUAUGAUGCAAUUCUGAUUCAAAUUCCAACUUUUUUAAAUAAGAUGGAGAAACAAAUCACCGACUUCAUAUGGAAGGGGAAGUGGCCUCAGAUGAGUAAAGCUUUACUGAAAAAGAGGAACAAAGUGGGAGACCUCACACUACCUGAUUUUAGAAACUGUUAUACUGCCACAGUAGUCAAGACAGCCUGGUACUCGUACAACCACAGAUACAUAUGCCAGUGGAACAGAAUUGAGAAUCCAAACAUAAGCCUAUCCACAUAUGAGAAGAUGACAUUUGACAAAGGCCCAAAGUCCAUUAAAUGGGGAAAAGACAGUUUCUUUAACAAAUGGUGUUCACAUAACUGGACCUCAUACCAUGCACAAAAACUAACUCAAAAUGGAUCAAAGACCUAAAUAUAAAAUCUAAAACGAUAAAGAUCAUGGAAGAAAAAAUAGAGACAACACUAGGAGCCCUAAUACAUGGCACAAAUAGUAUACAGAAGAUUACUAACCAUGCACAAAUACCAGAAGAGAAACUAGAUAGCUGGGAGCUGCUAAAAAUCAAACAGUUACACUCAUCCAAAGACUUCACCAAUAGAGUAAAAAGAUUACCUACAGACUGGGAAAAAGUUUUUAACUGUGACAUUUCCAAGCAGCAUCUUAUCUCUGAUAUCUACUUGAUAUUGCAAAAACUGAACAACAAAAAGAGAAAUAGCCCAAUUAAAAAAUGGGCAGAGGGUAUGAACAGGCACUUCACCAAAAAAGACGUUCAGGGAGCUAACAGAUACAUGAAGAAAUGCUCACGAUCAUUAGCCAUUAGAGAAAUGCAAAUCAAGACUACAAUGAGAUAUGAUAUCAAGCCAACAAGUCUGGCAUUAAUCCAAAAAACACAAAAUAAUAAAUGUUAGAGAGGUUGUGGAGAGACUAGAACACUUAUACACUGCUGGUGGGAUUGUAAAAUGGUAUAACCACUUUGGAAAUCAAUUUAACACUUCCUUAAAAAGCUAGAAAUAGAACUACCAUACGAUCCAGCAAUCCCAGUCCUUGAAAUAUAUCCUAGAGAAAUAAGAGCCUUUACACAAACAGAUAUAUGCACACCCAUGUUCAUUGCAGCGCUCUUUACAAUGGCAAAAAGAUGGAAGCAACCAAGGUGCCCAUUGAUGGAUGGAUAAAUUAUGGUAUAUUUACACAGUGGAAUACCAUGCAACAAUAAUGAAUCUGUGAAACAUAACAUGGAGGAAUCCAGAAGGCAUUAUGCGGAGUGAAAUUAAUCAGUUGCAAAAGGACAAAUAUCAUAUGAGACCACUAUUAUAGGAACUCUAAAAACCCAAAAAAAAUUAUAAGAACUCUAGAAGUAUUUUAAGCACAGAAGAAAAUAUUCUUUGAUGGUUUCGAGGGUGGGGAGGGACGGAGGGAAAGUGGUAUUCACUAAUUAGAUAAUAGACAAGAGCUAUUUUAGGUGAAGGGAAAGACAACACAGAGUACAGUAGAGGUCAGUACAACUGUACUAAAGCAAAAGCAGAGACGUUUCCUGAAUACAGCUGAAUGCUUUGAAGGCCAGAGUAGCAGGGGCGAGGGUCUGGGGAGCAUGGUUUCAGGGGACAUCUAGGUCACUUGGCAUAACAAUGUGUAUUAAGAAAACAUUCUGCAUCCCACUAUGGUUAGUGGCAUCUUGGGUCUUCAGCGGUAGCAAGUGGCCAUCUAAGAUGCAUCAAUUGGUCUCAGUCUACCUGGAGCAAAGGAGAAUGAAUAACACCAAAGACACCAGGUAAUUAUGAACCCAGGAGACAGAAAGGGCCACAUAAAUCAGAGAGUACAUUAGCCUGAGACAAGAAGAACUAGAUGGAGCCCAGCUACAACCAGUGACGGCCAUGUCAGGGGACACAGUGGAGAAUCCCUGGUGGAGCGUAACAACGGGAUGCAGACCUCAGAUUCUUGUAAAAAGACCAGACUUAAUGGUCUGACUGAGACUAGAAGGACCCCAGAGGUCACAAUCCCCAGACCUUCUGUUAGCCCACGUCUGGACCUAUUCCCAAAGCCAAGUCUUCAGACAGGGAUUGGAAUGGACUAUAAGACAGAAUGUGAAUAUGGUGAGGAGUGAGCUUCUUGACUCAAGUAGACACAUGAGACAAUGUGGGCAUCUCCUGUCUGAAGGAGAGAUGAGAAGGCAGAGGGGAACAAGAGCUGGCUGAGUGGUCACAGGGAAUACCGGCUGGAGAGGAGCAGUGUGUUGUCUCUUUAGGGGGAGAGCAACUCGGAGUAUAUACCAAGGUGUAUAUAAAUUUAUGUAUGAGAGACUGACUUGAUUGUAAGCUUUCAUUUAAAGCACAAUCAAAAAUAAAAACAGUAGGAAGAAUCAAAAAACCAAAAGUCGGUUCUCUGAUAUGAUCAACAAAAUUGACUAACCAUUGGCCAAACUGAAAACCAGAAGAGGGAGCAAGUAACCCAAAGAAGAAAUGAAAUGGAGGGGGAGGGCAUUACCACAGGCUAAACUGAAAUAAAAAGGAUCAUAAUGGAGUACUAUAAAAAACUAUACUCCAACAAAUUUGAAAACCUAGAGGAAACGGACAGAUUCCUGGAAUUCACUACCUACCUAAACUAACACAAACUGAGGUAGAGAAUCUGAACAGAUGGGUAAGAAGAGAAGAGAUUGAAAAGGUAAUUUAAAAAAAAAAAAAGUCGUGGCCCCAUUGGCUUCACUGGAGAGUUCUUUCAAACAUUCGGAAGACCUCACACCAGGACUGCUCAAAUUUCAGAACAUAGAAAAGGAAGGGAUACUUCCAAAUUCAUCCUUUGAAGCCAGCAUAACCAUGAUACUGAAACCAGGUAAAGACACCACAAAAAAAGAAAAUUAGGAGACCAAUACCUCUCAUGAAUAUAGGUGUAAAAAUUCUUAACAAAAUUCUAGCCAAUAGAAUUCAGUAUUAUAUAAGUAUUAAAAAAAAAAAAAAAAGUAUGCUGUGACCAAAUGGGAUUCACUCCAGGUACACAAGGGUAGUUCAGCAUUAGAAAAUUAAUUAAUGUAAUCUACCACAUAAACAGAAAACACGAAUUACAUGAUCAUCUCAGUCAACACAGAAAAGGCAUUCACCAAAGUCCAACACCCAUUCCUGAUACAAACUCUCAAUAUAAGAGGAAUAGAAGGAAAAUUCCUCCACAUUGGUAAGAAAGAAGUAAAACUAUCCAUAUUCAUAGAUGAUAUGACGCUAUACAUAGAGAAGAACCAAAAAGACUGCACAGGAGAACUACUGGAACUAAUAGAUUCAGCAGAGUAGCAGGAUACAAGAUCAGUAUACAAAAACCAGUUCUGUUCCUAUACAUCAAUAAAUUGAACUACAAAAGGGAAAUGAGGAAAGCAAUGUUAUUUAUAAUAGCCCCUAAAAAAAUCCAAAAUAUUUAGGAGUAAAUCUAACUAGAGAUGUAAAGGACCUAAACAAAUAAAACUACAAGAUAGCACUGCAAAAAACCAAACGAUCUACAUAAAUGGAAAAACAUACCAUGCUCAUGGAUAGGUAGAUUCAACAGUGUGAAACUGCCAGUUCUACCCAAAAUAACUUACAAAUACAGUGCAGUCCAAGUCAAAAUACCAAUAGCAUUCUUUAAUGAGAUGGAAAAACUAAUUAUAUGGAAAGGAAAGGGUCCAGAUAAGUAAAGCAUUAUUGAAAAAGGAGAACAAAGUAGGAGGCCUCGCACUACCUGACCUCCGAACUUAUACAGCUACGUUAGAACAGCCUGGUACUGUUACAGCAAAAGACGCGUUGACCAUUGGAACAGAAUCAAGAACACAGAUGUAAAUCCAUCCACCUACAAUCACCUGAUGUUGGACAAAGGCCCAAAGUCCAUUAAGUGGGGAAAAGACAGUCUUUUUAACAAAUGGUGCUUGCAAAACUGAAUGUCCAUCUGUAAAAAAAAUGAAACAGGACCCAUGCCUCACACCAUAUACAAAAACUAAUUCAAAACGGAUCAAAGACCUAAAUAUAAAACCGGAAACUAUAAAGAUCAUGUAAGAAAAAAUAAGGUCAACGCUAGAGGCCCUAAUAUACAGCAUCAAUAGGAUACAAACCAUAGCUAACAAUACACAAACACCAGAAGAUAUGCUAGAUAACUGGGACAUUCUAAAAAUUAAAUACUUCACUUAUUAAAAGACUUCACCAAAAGAGUAAUAAGAGAACUUGCAGUCUGGGAAAAAAUUUUUGGCUAUGUCAUAUCCGUCAAGGGUCUAAUCUUUAAAAUCAAUAAGAAAAUCCAACACCUUUACAACAACAACAAAAAAAAUCCAGUUAAAAAAUGGGCAAAGGAUAUGAAUGGACCCUUUACCAAAGAAGACAUUCAGGUGGCUAACAGACACAUGAGGAACAGCUUGCCAUCACUAGUCAUUAGAGAAAUGCGAAUCAAAACUAUAUAAUGAGAUACCAUCCCACUCUGACAUUACUGGCAUGAAUCACAAAAACAGAAAAUAACGUGUUGGAGAGGCUGCGGGGAGGUUGGAACUCUUACACACUGCUGGUGGAAAUGCAAAAUGAUACAACGAUUUUGGAAAACAAUGUGGCACUUACUUAAAAAGCUAGAAAUAGAAAUACCAUACAAUCUAGCAGUCCCACUCCUAGGAACAUAUCCUAGAGAAGUAAGAGCCAUCACAAGAAUAGGCAUAUGUACACCCAUGUUCAUUGCAGCAUUAUUCACAAUAGCAAAGGAUAAGUGCCCAUCAGCAGAUGGAUGGGUGAACAAACUAUGAGACAUACAUACAAUGUAAUACUGUGCAAUGAUAAGGAACAGUGAUGAAUCUGCUAGACAUCUCACAACAUGGCUGAAUCUGGAGGGCAUUGUGCUGAGUGAAAUAGGCCAAUCACAAAAGGACAAACGCUGUAUGAGACCACUAUUAUAAAAUCUCAUGAAAAGUUUUACACACAGAAAGAAACAAUCUUUGAUGGCCACGAGGGAAGGGAGUGGUGGAGAGGGAAAAACACUAACUAGACCACAGAUAAAUGGUAAAUUUGGUGAAGGAUAAAACAGUACACAAUACCUGGGAAGCCAGCACAACUUUGACCAAGGCAAAGUCAUAGAAGCUUCAUAGACACAUCCAGACUUGCUGAGGGACCAAAUUACUGGGCUGACGGCUGGAGACCUUGGUCUCAGGGGACAUCUAGCUCAGUGGCAUGACAUAGUUUAUAAGGAAAACGUUCUACAUCCCACUUUGGUGAGUAGCGUUUGGGAUAUUAAAAGCUUGUCAGCAGACAUCUGAGAUAUGUCUACUGGUCCCCACCUGUCUGGAGUAGGAGAGAAUGAAGAAAACCAAAGACAUAAGGGAAAGAUUAGUCUAAAAGAUUCAUGGACCAUAACUACCAUAGCAUCCACCAGACUGAGUCCAGUACAACUAGAUGGUGCCCAGCUACCACCUCUGACUGCUCUGACAGGGAUCACAAUAGAGGGUCCCAGACAGAGUGGGACAAAAAUAUAGAACAAAAUUCAAACUCACAGAAAAAGACCAGGCUUACUCAUCUGAUGGAGACUGGAGAAACCCUGAGAGUCUGGCCCCUGGAAACGCUGUUAACUAAGUACUGAAGUGACUCCUGAGGUUCACCCUUUAGCCAAAGAUUAAAUGGGCGUAUAGGACAAAACAAUAACACACCUAACUCAACCAUGUAUACGAGAUAAAAUGGGCGCACCAGCCCAGAGGUAAGGAUGAGAAGACAGGAGGGGACAGGAAAGCCGGAAAAUUGGGAAUAGAAAAUCCCCGGGUCACGAAGGGAAGAGUUGACACAUUGAGGGGUUGACAACCAGUGUCACAAAGCAAUGCAUAUUAAUUGUUCCAUGAGAAACUCAUUUGCUCUGUAAACUUUCAUCUAAACUACAAUUGAAAGAAAAAAAACAGAAACGAGAAGAGUAAAUUAAACUCCCAUGUAAAUACAUGAAAGAAAAUAAUAAAGGUCAAAGCCAAAGUCAAUGAAAUAUAAAACAGAAAACAACAGAAGAAAAGCUCUUUGAGAAGAUUACUAACAUUGAUAAAUUUCUAGACAGACUCAUCAGGACAAAAAGAGAGAAGACAAAAUAAGAGCACCAUGAAUGAGAGGGGUGACAUCAUUACAGAUUCCACAGAUAUUAAAUUAUAGAAUAUUAUCAACAACUUUUUCCCUGUAAAUUAAAAAAAAAAAAAAACUUAGGUGAAAUUUACAAAUUCUUUGGAAGACCUUCCUUUCAGAGCUCACUGUAAAAGAAACAAAUAAUCUGAAUAGUCCUGUGUCUAUUAAAGAAAUUGAAUUUUUGUUAUAAACCCAAAAGAAAACUCUAGGUCCAGAGUAAACUGUAGGCUACUCAUGAAUACCGCCAAACAUUUAUGGAAGAAAUACCAAUUCUAUACAAUCUCUUCCAAAAAACUGAGGUGAUAAUAACAUCUCAGUUUGUUUUAAGAGGUCAGCAUUAUUCUGAAACACCACCAAAGAGAUCAAGAGAAAAAAAAAUACAGAUCAUUAUCAGUCAUGAUAAUAGAUUCCAAAAUUCUAAACAAAAGUUGAGCAAAUAAAAUUUAACAAUAUAUUUUUAAAAAGAGAGUUUUAUGACCACAUGGGCUUUAUUCCAAGAAUAUAAUGUUUAACAUAAGAGAAUCAAGCAAUGCAAUUCAUUUUAUUUACAGGAUGAAAAAAAAAAAAAAGAAAAAACAGAAUCAUCUCAGUAGAUGCAGAAAAAGCAUUUAAAAAAAAAAAUCCAAAAUCCAUUCCUAAUAGAAAUUCCCAGCAAUCCAGGAAUAGAAAAGAACUUUCUUAAUCUGAUAAAGGGCAUCUACAAAAAACCUGUAGCUAACAUCAUAGUAAAUGGUGAAAGACUGGAUCCUUUUUACCUGAGAUCAGAAACCGGCCUGAUCUGCAUCUGAUCAGGGGGAUGGUGUAGGACCUGGCAGCAGUUAGUUUCAUUGUGCGUGGGGGGGCCAACCAGACAGCAGCUAACAACAAGAUCAGGAAUAAGACAAGGAUGCUCACUCUCACCACUUCUAUUCAACAUUGUACUCAAGGUUCUAGCUGAUGCACUGAGGGAAGAAAAGGAAAUAAAAGGAAAGUAAAAAUAGGAAAAAGUGAAAUUUAUUUAGAGAUCAUAUGAUCAUCUAUGUAAAAAAUCUAAUGUAAUAUACAAAAAAGCUACUGGAACUAAUAAGCAGGUUUAGAAAGGUUGCAGGAUACAAGGUGAAUGUACAAAUCAAUUUCUGUAUACUGGGAAUGAAAGUUGGAAAAAAAAUUUUAUAAAUGUCAUUUAUAAUAGCAUCAAAAAUAUUAAAUUCUUAGGAAUGAAUCUAACAAAAAUGUGGCAGGACUGUACAGUGAAAACUACAAAAUAUCACAGAGGGAAAGAAGGUAUGCCUUGUUCAUUGGUCAGAAGACUUAAUAUUGCUAAGGUGUUCUUUCUCCCAGGUUGUUCUGUAGAUGAAACACGAUCCUAAUGAAAAUCCCAGAGGGCUGCUUUGUUGUUGUUAUAAUUUGACAGACUGAGUCUAAAAUUCAUGUGGAAAUGGAAAUAACCUAGAAUAGCCAAAUAGCUUUGAAAAAGAUCAAAGUUAAAGAUCCAAUGCUGUCUGUUCCAGGCCUGUGUUUACAGGAAUCAAGACAUUGGUGUUAAGGUGGACCAGUAGAUCAAUGGAACAGAAUACCGUGUCUAAAAAUAGACAUACACACACUGAUUUUUGACAAAGGUGCAAAGGCAAUUCAGUGGAAAAAGAUUAUCUUUUUAAACAAAUGAUCCUGGAGCAGUUGAAUAUUGUUGUGGAUUGAAUCGUAUGCCCCAAAAAUGUGUGUCAGCUUGGCAAGGCCAUGAUUCUCAGUAUUGUGUGAUUGUCCAUCAUUUUGUCAUCUGACGUGAUUUUCCUAUGUAUUAAUAAAUCUACCUCUAUGAUGUUAAUAAGGCAGGGUUAGAGGCAGUUAAUGAUGCAGAACUCAACCUACAGGAUUAGGUUAUAUCUCAAGUCAGUCUCUUCUGAGAUAUAAAAGAGAGAAGCCAGCAGAGAAGAGGAGAGGGACCUCAUACCCCCAAGAAUGAAGAAUCAGGAGGGGAGCAAGUCCUUUGGACUUGGAGUCCCUGUGCUGAGAAGCUCUUAGUCCAGGAGAGGAUUGAUGAAGAGGACCUUCCCCCAGAGCCAACAGAAAGAAGAAAAACCCUUCCUCUGGUGCUGACCCUGAAUUUAGACUUCUAGCCUCCUAGAGUUUGAGAGAAUAAAUUUCCCUUUGUUAAAGCCAUGCCCUUGUGGUAUUUCUGUUAUAGCAGUAGUAGAUAGCUAAGACAGAUACCCUGUUAAAAAAAAAAAAAGAACUUUGAUCCAUACCUUGCCCCAUAUGCAAAAAUUAACUCGGAAAUGGACCAUAGACCUAAAUUUAAAAUCUCAACCUAUAAAACUUCUAGAAGAAUACAUGGGAAAAUCUUUGGGACUUUGGGUUAAGCAAAGAUUUCCUGGAUAAGACACCAAAUCAAGAUCCAUAAAAGAACAAGUUGGACUUUAUAAAAAUUUAAAAAUUGCACUCUUCUGAAUACACUGUUAAGAUAUGGAAAAGACAAGUCAUACCGGGAGAGAAUAUUUGUAAAUCAUAUAUUUGUUAAAUGACAUAUAUGCAGAACAUGUAAAGAACUUUCAAUCUUAAUAAUAAAAAAGCCAAUAUAAAAGUAGAUAAAAUAUUUUGACACUUCAUCAAUGAAGAUAUGAAAUGGUAAAUAAUAAGCACACAAAAGUAUGGUUAAGAUCAUUUUUAGGGAAAUAGAAAUCAAAACCACAAUGAAAUACCGUUACAUACCCAUUAAAAAAAAAAAAACCCAAACC